AUGUUUUGUAAGAAAUAUUCAACCAGUUUCCGUCGGUCCAUGUUUAUUUUUUCCUUUCUCCUCUUAUUUAUUGAUCAUAUUCACUGCGAAGCUGUUUGGGCAGUUAACUGUGGUGGUCCUAAACAUACUGACUCCUAUGGUAUUGAGUACAAAGCUGAUUUCUUAGACAAGGGCACUGCAUCAGACUAUGGUCGUUCUUUUACAAUUGGUCGCGUCCCUCCUGAAGACCAUAUAAUUUACCAAACUGAACGUUACCAUGAUGAAGACUUUUCGUAUCCUAUUCCAGUAACCUCCGAUGGAGACUAUGUUCUUACGUUAAAAUUUUCAGAGGUCUGGUUCACAGAUCGCUCUCAAAAGGUAUUCGACGUUCUUGUUCAAAACUCAAUACCUAUCAUUCAAAAAUUGGAUAUUUUUGAUGAAGUUGGUUUGGCUACUGCGUUUGAUGCUCAUAUACCAUUCAAAAUAAAAGAUGGGGUUAUUCAUAUUGAUGGAACUUCAGCUAGCAUUGAUGAAGAUCAUUUCACUGUGGAUUUUAUCAAAACUCAGUAUGAUAAUCCAAAGAUCAAUGCCAUUAUUGUAACAAAAGGCACAAUGGAAGAUGUUCCCCAGCUACCACCGUUAGAAAAAGAAGAAGUGGUACUACCUCAUAAAUAUCGUAAACUACUUGAACCUCAGGAAGAAGAACAAGACGAAGACCAAGAAUCUCCUCAGCGAAGGCUAUCUAGGUCUCCAAAAGCAAAAGAUCCAUAUGCUUCCACGGACUGGUCUUAUUUGAUUUUGCCAAUUCUAGCAACGAUUGGUGCAUUUUUACCAAUUCUCUUUUGCUUAUGUAAACUCUGA